AUGGAAGACGUGAGUUAUUCCAUUGAAGGGAAAGUGGUUUUGGUCGCUGGCGGUGUAAUUGGUAUCGGGGCAGGGUUAAUACGAUAUUUGGUCUCACAUAAUGCUAUGUACGUCGUUUUCUUAGAUGUGUUGGAGCGUGAAGGAGAGUGUCUAGAGAGAGAACUAUUGAACCAAUACGGUGGCCUAAAAGCAAAGUUCAUAAAAUGUGACAUAACUGACGAAGAACAACUUUUAAGUGCAUACAAUCAGGUAUUAGAGAAAUACAGAAGAGUUGAUGCUGUAAUAAACAACGUGAUGGUUGCUAAUAAUGACAACUUAGAAAAGAUGAUUGAUGCCAGUUAUAAUACGGUGAUUGCAAGUACUUUUAAUGCUUUGGAGGAAAUGCGUGCAGAUAAAUCGAGGAGUGGCGGUGUUAUAUUAAAUCUAUCGUCAUUUUUGGGCUUAACUCAGCGCAAUAAUAUCUUAUUAGAACUAAGUAAGGAGGUUGAGAGCCGAGAACCAUAUUCGAAGACAAAGGUCCGUAUAAUCACGGCCUUUUUGGGCCCGACUGAUACAGCACUCUUGCAUAGAUCCAACUACAUAGAAAAUCAGAAUAACUUAAGUGGAGACAUUCUUGAGACACAGAGGGUAACUUCAGCUGUAACCGGUGUAAUUGACGUCAUAACUCGGGCUGAGAGCGGCUCCACCUGGAUAAUUGUCAAUGACAAACCACCGUUCGAAGUAACUGACGCAAAGGGAUUCGAUGUUCCUAAUAUAAAUACGGUCUGA